AUGUCAAAUACAUUAGUAUCAUUAGAAAAUAUGAAUAAUUCAAAUAUUGAGGAAAAAGAAGAAAUUAAUGCCAAAAUUUUCCCUUUAGCAUCACCUGAAUUGACGAAUCAAAUAUUGGAUAUAGUUCAAAGAGCAACAGUAUAUAGACAAUUAAAGAGAGGAGCAAAUGAAACUGUGAAAAGUUUGCAUAAAGGGAUAUCAGAAUUAGUAAUUUUAGCAGCAGAUGCUAAGCCUCUAGAAAUUAUUUCUCAUAUUCCUUUAGUUUGUGAAGAUAAAAAUACUCCAUAUGUUUAUGUUAGAAGUAAAAUGGCAUUAGGCAGAGCUUGUGGUAUUUCGAGAUCAGUUAUUGCUUCAUCAAUCAUAACUAAAGAUGGAUCUCCUUUAGAAACACAAAUAACAGAAUUAAAGGACUUAAUUGAGCAGAUGCUAAUUUAA